AUGGCUAUCAGAGCAGUCAUCUCGACGAGUACGAAAGAAUUUUUAAUAAAUAAGCAGAAACGUAGAUCCAAUCCAUCUUGUCCAAGUCUCGACCCGAAACAGUUGCUGGUAAUGAGCCUUGUGAAUCGUAGCGUGGCCCGACUCUUUCGCUACCAAACCCGAAAGGCGUCUGCAAUCUCACUGACAAGUUUUGUUCAGCAACAGCUAUUACAGACCAAGAAGUAUUCAACAGAGGCUCUGGAACACCGAUACCACGAAAAACUAGUGCAAAAGGCCAAAGAACAGGGAUUUGAUAGUGUGGACGAUCUCAAGCAGAAUCUGAAGUCCCAAAUCGAAGACAAAAAACGUUCACUCAACAAGAUCGACCCUCUGCAAGAACUUUUGGAUUACGAACAACGCAUGAAAAUGGCAAGCAACAACGCCAAGAUGACAGAGCCCAGAGGCCCUGUGGACGCUGCCACGGCCCCCGCGCCUUUCAAAACGCUCGAUUCGUUUUUGAAGCUCGAGAAGAUCAGGGAUCUAUCCAAGCAGGAAAUAGAGUUUCUAUGGCGUGCGCGCUGGGCCAACAACGACCAGGCUUUGAACGCUGUGGUUCCCGCAGCUGUAUUUGAUCAGAUGUCCAAGCAUUUCAAAGCGGUCCCGACGUUUGUGCUGCCGUUGCCUCGCGAAAUCAAGGCCGAUGCGUCCGAUUUGCAGGGCAACGCAAAUGACGGCCAGGGCGUCGAGCUUCACUACAUCCAAUGGCAAAUAGCGGGGCCUAACACCGUGCACUGUAUCAUGACGUCCCUAGCCGACUAUAAGCUACACAAGGAGUACGCCAAGCCACACACCACUUUCCAGUUCCACACCGAGCUAGCCCAGGACAAGCAAAUAGUGCUGAUGAACGGACAUGUGGAAAAAGACGUCAAUGUGUCACUCCAGGACGCCCAGCUGUUGCUUUUGAACGUCCAACGCUUCUACGGCGCCAUGGGCGAGGAAACUAUUCCUUCCAAGCUGAGACUCCAGCUUCUACGUGAUUUUGCCAGUGGUUCGACCAAUUUCAGUGUUGAAAAGCUCAUCAGUUUAGCUCAGUCAAUGGACGUCUGA